GUACGCAAUGAAAUAGAUGGGCUAUAGCGAAUAUAAAGUUGAGCCUGGGCGUAAAAGUUGGAGCUUUAAGGUAUCUGAUCACCUUUUAUGGGGAUAUAUCUACCGCACCCUCUAAAUAACCCCCCUACUUUCCUAUUGUAGAUCGAUCUCCCUUCAAGGGUCAUAUGUAUGCUCUGGCUGGCUGCAUUGGAUUAUUAUCUCAACUCCACGUUGGCUAUAUUACGCUUUUCAUAUCAACAUCAUACCAAUAAGUUCAUCCAAGAUGGCCAAGAAACAAAAGAGUCCCCUCAAGAUUUUCAGGUUUUUACGCAGCAAGUGGCAGUACGCUGUGAUUAACCCCGAAGAUAUAUAUACAUGUGACGAUAAAGGGGACGAGAAGGCUUUGUCCUCGGGUUAUAUGGAUUUCCCUUUCGACUUCGAGAGCUGUCGGGGUUGGGCUGGUAAUUUUCCUUGUGUCUUCGGGUCUACCGAGGGAUGCUCUUCCCAUAACCCACACAAGCUACCAAUCGCGUAUAACAAAUGCGUUCCAUCUGACAGGAAGCCCCUGGGUUUUGUCCUGCGGCUCACUGGGUCGCCUAAGCAAGAUGUGGUGGGAUACGAUAAGGCUCAGGACGACGAACGGAUAUGGUCUUUAUUACAUCUAGACCACUCCACUGCUGAUCCGCUAGAUCCUAUCCACCCUUCCAUCCGCUAUGCUUUGGCAUACUAUCAUAUCCACUGGGUUCAGACCGCGACAUCACUCGAGACGCAAAGGGCAAGAACCAAUGCCUUAGCGUGUCACGGAACCGUGGCCGGGAAUGGGAACACGCGGCCCGAGUUUCGGUAUUGGAUCCAACCUUACUGGUACAAGGACUCCUUUUAUAUUCAGCAAGCGAUCCGAUUUACCAUCGAACCGAAGAAACGGAAGUUUCUGUUCGGACACGAGUAUGCCAUACUGGGAUAUUCUCCGAAGGAUUGGACGUUCAGGACUUGUCCGCACUACCGGCAGCGCUUCCAACAAUAUGAGUUCCAAGAGACGCGAGGACUUAUAAAAGCGGGCAUGACAUAUGUAUCGAAGUGGCGCGACCCUUUAGGAGGCUCCGAUAGGAAAUGGACCAAGUGGCACAGCGUAUAUGGUCCUGGCUACCAUGUUCUCAACUGUCAGUUUUGCUGCACUGAUACUUGCGUGGACAUAGACCUGGUUAAGGACAAGAUCGUGGUCCAUAUAUGGGCAUGGAAAGAUCUCGGAAAAGCGCUCAGCCCAUUCGAUCCGAAGUGGAUCUCGGCCCUUCGCCCCGAGGCAUCCGUUUGGAGCCGGUCACGGACUGAGGCAGCUGGCAAUAAAGUGCGGAACGCAGUUCGUGAAGCAAUGCGUGAAGAAUCUGGGUAGCUGGUCUGAGUUGUCUGAGUUGUCUGAUUACCUACCUAUGUUAUGAAUAUGGAAUAAUGUAAGGAAUUAGUAUUUUUGAGGAAAUUGACUGUUACAAAUACUUGGGAUUAUAAAGCAUAGUAGCCUGUAUCAUGACAUAACUAGCUUAUUAACUACCUAACUACCUAACCUAAAGGAAGGAAGGAAGGAAGGAAGUUUAUACCAAGGAAUAUUGCUGACAUGCUGGGGUAGCUUCCUUCUCAUUCUUCGAG